GCCAGCCAGCUUGCUUCAGAGUAACAGUAAAUCAGACAGAGCAGCUCCUAACAGCUCCUCCAGCUCCUGCAGUGAAACCGUAACCCCUGUUGCAAGUAUUUUUGGCCGCUCAGAAGAACCCGGGUGAGCUCACUGUGGUCUCUUUUCCUCGGACACACUCGAAGAGUUUGUUCGGCAAGAGCAACGCAGGGACCCGUUUUCAGCCUCCUUUCAUAUACAUUUUACACCUCUUCAAUUUCAUUAUCACACUGGAAAUGUCCGAAAACAAGCCGAAUGAUGAGCCCAAGUUAUCUACGACGGACAGGGUGGUGAAAUCUGUCCCCUUCCCCCCCAGUCACCGGCUGACAGCUAAAGAGGUGUUUGACAGCGACGGGAAGCCCAAAGUGGACGUGCUGAAAGCCCACCUAACCAAAGAGGGCCGUGUUGAGGAGUCGGUGGCCCUCAGGCUCAUAGGAGAGGGUGCUGCCAUCCUGCGCUCCGAGAAGAAUUUGCUGGACAUCGAGGCCCCUGUGACAGUUUGCGGUGACAUCCAUGGCCAGUUCUUUGACCUUAUGAAGCUAUUUGAAGUUGGAGGAUCACCAGCAUCCACACGCUAUCUUUUCCUCGGAGACUACGUAGACAGAGGGUAUUUCAGUAUUGAAUGUGUGCUCUACUUAUGGGCUUUAAAGAUCCUAUACCCCAAAACACUGUUUUUGCUUCGUGGGAACCAUGAAUGUCGGCAUUUAACAGAGUAUUUCACAUUUAAGCAGGAAUGUAAAAUUAAGUAUUCAGAGAGGGUUUACGAUGCAUGUAUGGACGCCUUUGACUGCCUUCCCCUGGCUGCACUAAUGAACCAGCAGUUCCUGUGUGUACAUGGAGGACUGUCUCCAGAAAUCACAAAUCUUGACGACAUCAGGAAACUAGACAGAUUCAAAGAGCCCCCGGCAUACGGACCGAUGUGCGAUCUGCUGUGGUCCGACCCUUUGGAGGACUUUGGCAACGAGAAGAGCCAGGAGCACUUCACACACAACACAGUGAGAGGCUGCUCCUAUUUCUACAGCUACCCUGCUGUCUGUGACUUUCUACAACACAAUAACUUAUUAUCCAUCAUCCGGGCCCAUGAAGCACAGGACGCUGGAUAUCGCAUGUACAGAAAGAGUCAGACCACUGGCUUCCCUUCCCUCAUCACCAUCUUCUCAGCUCCAAACUAUCUAGAUGUCUAUAACAACAAAGCGGCUGUGCUGAAAUACGAGAACAAUGUGAUGAACAUCCGACAGUUCAACUGCUCACCUCAUCCUUACUGGCUGCCCAACUUCAUGGACGUUUUCACCUGGUCUUUGCCAUUUGUCGGGGAGAAAGUGACUGAGAUGCUUGUGAACGUUUUGAGCAUCUGCUCCAAUGACGAGCUGACGACUGAUGAAGAGCUAGACGGACAGCUAAUAUAUCCCCCCAAAAAAGGUGCCACUGCUUCUGCCCGGAAGGAAGUCAUCCGCAACAAGAUCCGAGCCAUCGGGAAGAUGGCCAGGGUAUUCUCUGUGCUCAGAGAGGAGAGUGAGAGCGUGCUGACGCUGAAGGGACUGACCCCGACAGGCAUGCUGCCGAGCGGAGUGCUGUCCGGUGGCAAAGAGAAGCUGCAGAAUGCUACUGUUGAAGCUAUUGAGGCUGAUGAAGCCAUCAAAGGCUUCUCCCCUCAGCAUAAGAUCACCAGCUUCGAGGAGGCCAAGGGUCUGGACCGCAUCAACGAAAGGAUGCCACCGCGGCGGGAUGCCCUGCCUUUGGACGCAAGCCUCAAUUCGCUCAACAGGGCCCUGUCUUCGGAGACAAACGGCACGGAUGCUAAAGGGAGCACCAGUGGCGGCAGUGGAGGCAACAUCCAGUGAAGGCCAGCAGCAGCAAGCGCCGCCUCGGCCCGCGGGGCUGCCUGGCCCCCAGCCUCAUCAUGGCUCGCCACUGCAGAGAAGACGCAAAGGUUGAA